AUGUCAGUACACAAAGACGAAGUUGUAAUAUCAGGUAUUGGUGGAUUGUUUCCAGAAAGCAAUAAUAUAACUGAGUUAAGCGAUUUGUUAUUCCAAAAAAAGAAUGGAGUAACUAUUGAUUCAAGGAGAUGGAAACAAAAUAAACUAGGUGCAUUAAGUGGAACUGGAAAAAUUAAAAAUAUUGAUACAUUCGAUUCCACAUUCUUCAGGGCUCACCCAAAACUUGCUCAAGUUAUGGAGACAAUGACAAAAAUAUGCUUAGAAAGAUCAAUAGAAGCGAUUAUCGAUGCCGGUUUGAGUCCAGCAGACUUGCAUGGAACAAAUACAGGAGUAUUUCUGGGAUCUGCAAUAAGUGAAAUGGAAUUUAAAGCCUUAAAUAGCGAUUCAUUUUUAGGAUUUGUGAUAUUUUGGUGUAACACUAAUGCAAAUGACAUAUAG